CGUGCAAAGCGGACGUUAGUUCACCUUCAAUAGCGUCGAGAAUCGAAAGUCAACAGGGUUUUGCGCCGUGUUAACCGGAAAUUACAAUUUUACUGCAGCUGUCCCAUGUGCGUGCUAAGCAUUUCGCCAAUAUAUAGAGCUUAAGGCAACGUUGGUACACAACCAGGCCACGCCCAUAAUGGGCGCAACCAAUUACAUGACGGCUAUAUGGCUGCUGUUGCUGAUCAUAGCAGAAAGUCAAGCAGCAAGAGAAAAUCCCCUUAAGGAUCCGCGAAUCUGUGGUCGCCCCCAAUGUGAGACGAUAAAUCCGAAAUUUGGCUAUGGAGAAAAGCUCUAUAAAUAUGACUAUACGGUUUCCGUGCGCACGGAAUUUGCCGGAUCCGGCGACAACAGCUCCGAUCUAUAUUUGAAAGCGAAUCUGGAGAUAUUCUUCCCUAAGGACUGCGAAGGCUACCUACGUAUCAAUACAGUUAAUCUGUAUGAUUCGCUGCAGGAGGCGAGCAAUGAGAGUGGCGCCACGGAGGAGAAACCUGCCAAAGAUGUUUACGACUACUAUGACAACUUGAGCGCCGAGUCCUCGUCCGAUGAACAUGCGUCAAACGAGUUUGAACAUCUACAUCCCAAGAGCAGUGAAUUGUCUGUUGAUCUAAGCAGGAAUCUGUUGCGCUUCGCCUUCCACGAUGGUCUCAUAAGCGAAGUGUGUCCCACCGAUGAUGAAUCGCCUUGGGUGCUCAACUUUAAGAAGGGCAUCCUGUCAAGCUUUCAAAAUACCAUGUUACGUUUCGAUGUGGACUUCAAUACCACCGAAACGGAUAUAUCGGGCGAAUGUCAGGUACAAUAUUCAUUGGAGUCCACCGACGACGUCUAUGUAACCAUACGUAAGACAAAGGAUAUAUCCACAUGUCGGCGACGCUAUGCUACCCACUCGGUGCUGCAAACUACGCCGUACACAUUCCGAGACGAUAAAACCAUAUGGCCCAUACUGAAUUCACAGAGCUAUUGUAAUUUGACCAUUGAUAACAGCGUUUACCGCGAUAUCAACUGCUUGGAGAGCCAUUUGUUGGUGCCCUUUUCGAAUGGCAGCUCUGGCGCAUUGACCACGACACGAAGCUCACUGCGGCUGAGUAGUGAAGACUCUUACGGCUUAAGCGAAUUUCUGGAUAAGAAUGUCGAGUUUGUUGAGCGGCGUUCUGCGUUGAUCUUCGAUCACACACCACCUGUGAAGCCCAGCCAUGAUGAGAUCAAAGCGGCACGCGACCAUCUAAUGCAAAUGUGCGUUGUGGGCUUUCCUAACAUUCAACGCGAGUUUAUAGAUGUUUUCACAAACUUUCUGCAAACGUCGAAGAGUCUGGACUAUAAAACGUUGACUGUGCUGCUGGAGCGUUCAGCGAGCAUUUGCGAUCAGGGCAAAAAACACGUACUGGAGUCUCUGCCCUAUAUUGGAAGUACUGCAUCGUAUCAAGUAAUGCGCGAUCAAAUAGUAAAUGAGAAAUUAACUAAGGAGAUGGCGCACAGCUGGAUGAGCUCGCUAUCAUUUAUCACGCGACCGGACGAAGAGACAUUGGAAACCUUUUAUACCAUACUCGACUAUGCUAGAAACAAACUGGAUCCGGAGUAUACACUGGGUGCAACAGCUGUGGUGCACAGCUAUUGCAAACAUCACGAUAAUUGCGACGAGGAUCUCAAGGUGGCACAAAUUAUCAAUCUGCUGGAAACCGAGUUCCUUAGCCAAUUCAAGAGAUAUCGCGGUGAUCGCAAGCAACGCGAACGUUUAAUUAUACUGUUGAAGGGUCUCGGAAAUAUUGGAGUUAUAUCCCCUGGAUUUGCAGAGCAAUUGCAGUUGAUCAUUGACAAUAAUGGGGUACCAGUAGACAUACGCUUGCAGAGCAUACUUGCCUUCAGGCGCGUCGACUGCUUCAAGUAUCGCAGCUAUUUCAUGGAUAAGUAUGCCGACUACAUGUUCAAUUCAGAGCUGCGUAUCUACAGCUAUCUGCAGACGAUGCGUUGUCCGGAUUAUAUAUCUAUUGGCUCCAUCAAAUCCAUACUGGAUAAUGAGCAAAUUAAUCAAGUUGGCUCAUUCGUUUGGUCACAUCUCACCAAUUUGGCCAAAUCCAAUUCACCGGUGCGUAUUGAAGCGCAGGGCUUGCUCCUAAACGAUGAGCUUGCUGACAAGUUUAAGAUGGAUAUACGCAAGUUCUCCCGAAACUAUGAGCACAGCCUGUUCUUUGAUGAGUACAAUUUUGGCACCACAACCGAUGCAAAUCUCAUAUUCGGCAUCGAUUCCUAUCUACCUCGAAUGGCCAGUGUCAAUUUUACCGCCGAUCUGUUUGGCCAAUCUGUUAACUUCUUUGAGUUUAGCGCACGUGCCGAAGGCUUCGAGGAGUUAGUUGCAAAUGCCUUUGGCCCGCAAGGCCCGUUGAAUGGUAAACUGCUGCGCAAGAAGCUCGCCUUUCUAAAUCGCUGGCUGGGCAAUGAGAGCGCCGAGGAUGAUGAUACUUUAGAUAAUCUGCUCAAUUUGGAUAGUUUGCGGCUUAAGCGUAAGGCAGCACAAAGCUCAGAGUCCGUAGAAGAUGUUGACUACAAUUUCGAAGAUGAAAUUGCUGAUGCUCCUCGAUCAAAACGCGAUGCAGAUGCUACUGCAACGGCACGAAAACAGGGCAUUGUGCGCAAUGUUGACCAAUUGGGCUAUAAGCUGAAGUACGACUACAACAAUCCGCGAGCACAAUUUGGGCUGCGCGUUUUCGGCAACGAUCUGCGCUACUAUAACAUCGAGUCCAUGUCGGAAGUGGCGAAGCUAAUUACGGAGUUCAAUCCGUUCUAUCAGGCGCAAAAAGUACUCUCCGGCAAGACCCUCAAUUACAGAAAAUCGCGCGUAUUUCUCGAUGCCUCAUAUACCGUUCCGUUAGCGGUGGGCAUGCCUCUGGCUAUACAUGCAUUUGGUGCCUCUUCUAUUGAUUUGAGCAUAUCGGGUAAUUUGGAUAAAUUGGACGUUGAUUGGCAUUUCGAUGUCCAGGGUCACUUCAAGCCCUCUGUCUCUGUGGAUGUGAUAACCACAAUGCAAACGGACAUGUUCUGGGGCCAGUCAGGCAUCAAGGUCAAGAGCAAUUUGUACUCCAACUCGGAGGUGGAGGCCAAUCUGAAGAUGCGCGGCCGAAAUCUUGUUUCCUUUUCUUUCAACCUGCCGCAGGAUAAGAAUGAAAUCUUCAGUGCACGCUCUGAGCUGCUGGUGGUUAAGCGUGAUCAAGAGAUGCCACAGGCGGGCAUCGCGAAACGCAGCUCCAAUACCACAUGCACCUGGCCCGUGCUGGACAAAGCAAUUGGACUGCAAAUGUGCUCUCACUACAGUGUACCAGAUCUGAGCAAUACAACAGAAGCUUUGCCCAGUUUAUUGUUGGCGGGACCGCUCAACUUUAGUGUUAUACUCAAAAAGUCCGAUUUGACGGCCAAAAAAUAUGUAUUUGAAUACAACUGGGAUCAGCAGGACGACGACAAUAACAUUACGUUGGUAUUCAGCACGCCUGGCUCCCAAAUUCCUCGCAUUCUAGUGGCUAAUUUAACAAGUGUACCACAUGCCCUAAAUGCAUCUGUUGCCUUUGUCAAUGGCAAAAACCACGCAUCUGCUGGAUGCAGAUAUAAUAGCAAUCCAGAUUACAGACGUCUCGAUGUCUAUCUGGACACUAAUGGCAAUCGCUCACUGGAUCUUGGCAUGGAGCUGCGACGCUAUCAAGACUUUACUGCCUGGAUCUAUAAGCCACGCAUGCUUUUGACCAUCAAUGGUGUGAACAUAACGGGCCUGGUCGGCUCCAUCAAGAUCAAUGAGAAGAAUGGCAUCAAGCAGCACGACAUUGAUCUCUCCUUUGAGACAAAGAAGCUGCAAGCUCUGGUCAGCGGUAACAUUGUGCAAAGCGAGGUGACGACCUCAACGAAUAUGACUGUGAACUAUAGGUUCCAAGCCUCCAAGAUCGAAACCAUCAACUUUGCUGGACGUCUAGUCAACAACGGCGAUAAGUCGAAGACAGAGUAUCGUGGAAAUGUGAAGCUACGCACCACAGCAUAUCCAAAGCUUAACUUUGCCUCAAAUGCUACCUGGCUGAGCCUGCAAGGACAUACCGAAGGCUUCUUAACUUACAACAAUGCGCCCGACUAUGUCAAUCCUAACUACACCAGCAUGAUUAGAGUUAUUUUUGCACGCUCCAGCUCAGAGAAUAUUACAAUUGAAGGCUCACGAACGCGUGCCAGCUUGGAGUUGAAGCUGCCCAAAACAAACAUCGACUAUCGCAUAUUGGUUAAGCAUGAGGAACGCAGUAAAAAUGGCACCGAGCACAAUGUCAUUGUGGGCCUGAAGUAUGCGCCCGAAAAGGAAGUAACUGGCCUCUUCUCCGUACAUCUGCCACGUCGCAGCCUCUUUGCCAUUGAUGCGUAUAUGAAUGUGUCUGUGCCCGAUUUCAAUUCCUGCACGGCUAGUGUGAAAGUCAACGAAAAAGCGCCCAAGGAUUAUAUGGUGUUUAUCAAUGGUUCUUGGUUUACGGGGCACUCGAUAGCUGUCAAGGGCAACUACAAGGAUCGUAGUUCGCGUUUGCAGGCGCUGCUUCAUUUGAAAUUGAUCGUGGAAAGUCCGUCGUUUGAGACGACCUCAGUGAACAUGGUGUACAGACGCAAUCAGCUGCUGAUCUUCUUCGAUGUGCAGAGCAAACACGGCAAGGAUCCCUAUGGACUGACUGUACAAUAUGCAUCCAAUGCGCACAAUCGCAAUUCCAAUGCCGAGGUGCGUCUAAAGAUUAAAGAAAAGGAUUACUGGAUCAAUUCGAAAUUGCUGUCAGAGCAGCCCAAGCUAUUACAGGUGGAGAUACACAUGGACAAACUUCGGGAUAUACACAUUAAAUUGGGUCUCCUUAACAUUGACAAACGCAAGGAGCUUUCGCUGGAUCUGAAAUGGGAUGCCAAUCGCGAUCCCUCAGAACGCUUGGGCCUGCUCAUGGAGUACAAUAAUCCGGGUAAUAAACAUUACGACGGCAAUGUGAUGAUAACCUAUCCGGAACGCACAAUAAACUGUGGCUUCAGCACAUAUACGGGUGGCCCCACAUACUAUGGCAAGGCUCAGGCCUCCUGGAGCAUCACAGAGGCCAUUGAGUUCAGCUAUAACGCAGGCAUUAUGCCCGGCAAGGACCUUCACAAUUGGUUGCAUGCAGAGGUCAAUACACCUUUCGACGGCUGGCGUACGAAUACACUGACAGCUGGAGUCUACAAUGUGCAAAAUCUGAUAUUGAUCAACUCAACGCUAUCGUGGGCAGAAGAUCAAAAGUUGCAACUGGGCUAUAAGAGCGAUUACGAUAUACACGAUCAGUUGGUUAGCUUUGAUGUGCGAUUUGGCAUCAACAGCACCAUCAAAGACAUACCCACCAUUAAUGUGAAGGUUGCGCACUGGCAGGAUCCAAAGAAAAUCGAUACAGAUCUUUAUCUUAGCUACAAGGGACAAAACGAUACCUUUAACACCUACAGUGUUAAAUCCAUCUGGGAUGUAAUUCGCAAUCAACGUUAUCAGAAUAUUUCGGGCACUGUCGCCCUGGUCAGUCCAUUCGAAGGAUAUCGGAAGGGCGGGCUGGCAGCCAUGUUUAUGUUAAACAACAAGCGUGAAGUGCAAGGUGCAGCCUCUUUGGAGUUUGAUGUACGCGAAUUUACACUCACGAUGGACGGCUAUGUGCGGAAGUUCACGGAUAAUAUGCUAAUAAUAAAUAUCACAACGCCCUUGGAGAAGUUCCGCACUAUUCACGGACGUUUCGGCUUGAAUGAGAAGAAGCGACACGCUGUGGCAGAGGUGCGUGCACCAACUGCUGCGUUGGGUAUCGAGGCGCUGGCGGAUAUCAAGAAUUUACUUGACUUUGAUGUUAAGCUCAGCGUGGCUACGCCCAUUGAAAGCUUCCAGCAAGCGGCCGUGUUCGGUCAGGUUAAUACGGAGCGUGUGGACAUGCGCGGCAUAUGGAACAAUUCAACGUUGGGCUUCACUGGCGUUUGGCAUAUGAAAAAUAUGACAGACUUUGAAUACUCGUAUUUCGUUUUCACACCUUUGGCUGGGUUCGAGGAGAAUGGCUUCAUUGCACAGGUGCUUAAGCGGGAGAAUUUUAUAUUCAAGCUGCAUGGAAAGCUCUCCCACUAUAAGCUGGGCGUCAAGAUCAAUGGCCAACCCAAGCCGAAGCUGGUCAAUCAGUUGAGCAAUCAAAAGAUGUUGUUAGAUUUGCACUUUGAUGAUGACUUCCAACCACCAAAAAUACCGGUUGACGAAGAAGCCGAGGCAGAGGAAGAGGAAGAUUACCUCUCCUACUUGGUUAAUUUCGAGGUGGACACGCUAGUCUGGCCCACCAUACUUGGCGAGGUGGAUAUGCAAGAAAACAUGGACUUCUACUUUAUACUGGGCAAUGUGCAUCUACCCCAAGGCCGCGUAGAGUUCAGGGAUCGUCUGUACUUCCCCGACUAUAUUAAUGUGCUCAACGUUCUAACCGUGACCACACCCUUCGACAUAGCCAAGGACUUCAAAUCUGUGGUGGAGUAUCACAUUGAUUUGAAUUUCAAUGCCUUCUAUCAGCGCGUGUUCUUCAUGAUAAACGAUGACAAAGCUAAGGUGCAGCAAAUGGGCUUCGAGGUUAACUACACCAAAGUGGUGGAUAAUGUCAGGCCCAAGGCUUACAAUGUCGAACUGAAGCUAAUUACGCCCUACAAGCAGCUGCCCGAAAUUAAUAUAUAUGGCAAGAUCGAGCUGGAUGACAAUGCCUACAAGGGUAACAUUACCUCGAUUACAGCACACACACAUCUGUCUAUGGCCGCUGCUGUGGAGAAUGAAGACAAUUUCCUGGAAACAUCUAUUGGCAUUCUGCUCGAAACGAACGUUAUACCGCACUACGCCUGCAAUGCCUACUUCAAAAAGGACUUUUCUGCAGUGGACAAUAUUAUCGACAUACGCUUUGAAGUCACCGACAAUGGCGUGGUUAACAAGCUGCAAAUCGAAUCGGAUUGGCAUACAGAUCCUGCUUAUUAUGUCAAUGUCAAUGGCAAGGUGCAUACUACAAUGCUGCCACUGCAACUGGCCUCCACUUCAAUUAGUGCCACAAAGGGGCCCAGUCCUCAGUUAAACUUCGAUCUGAACUUCCUCAGUCGAGAUGGUCAGAGCAUUGCAUACGGCACGCGGGCCAAUAAGAAACAGGAUGUGUUCAAUGUGGAAGUGUGGACACCGUUGAAGAACUACAGAAACAUCUCCAUGCACGGCAGCAUUGUUCGCAAUCCACAAGAUCCGCAACGCUACGAUGUGAUGGGAAACCUGUAUCGCAAUAUGGCCACCUAUGACGUGCGAGGUGUGGUUCGCAUGAAAGAUACCUUGCCAAUCGAUGUCACACUGCGUGUUCAGCCCAAGUCAGGCGGUCGCGAUGGCGUCAUUGAGCUGAACAUCAAUGAGGCGGGGCCGAAGAAAAUUCGGUUCUCCUUUAGCGCCAUCGAAGAUGGCAAGAUGUGUCAGAUAUCUGGUGGAUAUAGCGUCAGCGAUAGAAAUGGACCCAUGGACUUCUCUGUGUUGGUUGAGAGCACAGAACCGGAAAUCGCUCGUAUCAAUUUCUAUGGCAAUCUGAAGGCCGUGGAACAGGGUCGCCUGGUGGGUGAUGUGAACCUGCAGACACCAUGGAAGCAGUUGGGCAUUGAUUCAGUGCAUCUGCACUCCGAAGUGGGUGUACGAAACGAUGGCGGCAAGAUCGUCGGCGAGUAUCAAAUUGGCAAGUAUAUUGGACGCGGCAGUUGCGUGUGGUCCUGGAUACUGGCCGAGAAUAUGCAGCUAGUGCUGGAGAGCUAUAUGGAACGUCCCAAAUCACAGCCGCGCAUCGUGCACGCCAGCGCAAAAUACUUGAAUCCGGGCAAGACAUUCCUGCAACUGCAAUCAGGUGGCCGUCUAAGUGUCGAUUCUAAAUGGAAUCUGGAUGUGAACGGCAGCUUGCAAUACAAGUCGUCCGAUGACCUCCAAUUCGCUGUGCUCACCCAGCUGCCAUUGCCUGUGGGCGAUAUCCACAAGCUGAGCGGCAGCUAUCGCGGCAAUAUUAUUAGCAAACAGCUAAACGCUCCAGAAUUCUACAUUCAGGGCGGCUAUGAAGCAUUGGAGGCACAACGCAAGCUUUCAACGCAUUUCAGCUAUCACAACGAUACGAAAUCUCUCCAGGGUGUGGCUCAUGUGGGUUGGGGCGAAAAGAAGGAUAUGUCGGUCAUCGAAGGCGACUUCACCUUGUUGCAAAAGCAAAAUUAUCGCCGAGAAUUCCAAGCGAAGUUGACAACGCCCCAGUUCAAGGGAGAACACACAUUCGGACUGAGCGGCCACUACGACAAGUCCAAUGCGGAAUAUCUCAACUUGGUCUGUGCCUUGGAUUACCCAGCAAGUCGUCGCAUAACCGAUUUGGAUGUGUCCUUCAGUUCACUGACCAACAUGCAUGGUGUAAUCAACUCAACCACGCCUUUCCUCAAUAUAUCUUGGUUCAAAACAGAUUUUGAAUUCACAACAAAGAGUGGACAAAGCUAUCGCUACGUGCGCUGCAACUGGCCCAAGGACAGCGCCUUCUUUAAGUUGAAGAGCAACUAUGACAGCGAUAGCACCAAUCACAAUUUAAAUGGCAACAUCGAAAUUGAAGUACCAUUGACCACGAGACAUCGGGCGGACAUAGUUUACGGUCUGCAGGAACGUGCCAACCUGGAUUCGGGCAAUCUAAAGGUUGUCUACAAUACGCAACAAAUAUUGGAUGGCAAGUACAAGCGUGUGGAGGUGAAGAAGCAUCCCUUCUACAAGGACACAACUGAUAUAACACUGGAGAACGAUAUGAAGCCGCUGGGCAUACACUACGUUAGCACGAGGGAUAUCCGCAAUGCAGGUGCACCGAAGGACAUCAAGCACAUUGAGGUCUUCGAGCUGCGCAACACAAAGAAUUUCAAUCUAACGGGAGAGCUGCAUGCGUUGACCACUGCCACUGCUCAGGAAUUCAAGGUGGUGGCCGUACAUCCAAAUCGUGCCGUUAUCUUGACCACCCGGUACGAGAAUGUCAAUCCACAUGUGGUCAAGCAGCAUGCCAAGAUCGAGCUAUCGGAGACAGCCUGGAUAGGCUAUAACUUGGAAUUGGGCAAUUUUAGCACGAACGGCAAUGAAUCUCAGCGUUACGCACUGGAACUCUUCUAUCCGAAACGCAAUCUUUCCUCCGCUGGCUGGUAUUAUCUGACCGAUAAGCAAUUCAAUGCUGAUCUGCGUUUGAAAUGGGCUGGUACUGGUGCUCACGAAGAGUCCAGGAAGAUCCGCAGCAACUUCCAAUGGAGAGCUGAACCAUUGCAUAGGGGCGAGCGGGAUCAUCAAACAUUUAGCUGGACGGUGGCUCAUCCGUACCUCGAGAAGGACAUCAAUUGCAAGGCCACGUAUUACCGUGGCUUGCAGGAUCUACUUAAAACUCAUUUGACCAUUGACUAUUCUAAGGAUCCCGCACAGUUGAUUACGCUUGGCGCUCACCUGCGCGAUUUGUACAAUGAAAAGGGAUACACGAACUAUACGUUGAAGAUCUAUGGCUAUCAUCCGGCAUCGGAACUGGACGUUGAGAUGAAUGGUACGCUGGUGGCGCGGCCUUCGUACUAUAAGACGGAGUCAACAGCUCACUACAAACGCGACUAUUCACCCUUGUAUGGCAAGUUUUUGGCUCUGGUGGAUCUGAAUAAACGUGAGCUGGAGUACGAGCGUCGCUCGCCCUACCACGCCGUGCGUCUUUGGCUAGUGCCAACUGUAGAGUAUCCGGUAUACGGCCUGAAUGCAACUAUUUGGGACACACCCGACACCAAUCACACGGGCUAUGUCUAUGUAAAUCUAGUGGAUCGCACUGCACGCAUGGAUUUCAAUCUGACUGAGGACGCCAGCCAGAAUUUGCAAAUGGUGGGCUAUAUACCCGAUACUCGUAGUGGUUAUCUGGACAUUUGGCGCAAUUAUGAGGAAAUACGCAUCAUUGAUGUGAGCUCUUAUCUGAAGAUGAACCAUUCUCGCCUGAUCACAGGACGCUUCCAUUGGCGUCCCAGCAUUAGGGACGAAUUGCGGGAGAAAAUCGAAAGCAUGAGUAAUUCGCUUUACACCUCCUUCUCGGAUGGCAUUGAUUUCUGGAUCAAAUCUCUAUACACCGAGUCAGUGGAAUCGAUGGGCGUCAUCUGGGGUACAGCCAAGGAAUACAACAAAAACUUUAUUGACGAUAUUAGCCAGCUGAGCGUAUUGGAGGAAGAUCUUAACGAUUUGCGGCUUUUUGUCAAUCAGUCGUACGAGGCAAAUGAUUUCUAUAUCAAAAAUGUGGUCAACUUUACGCUGACCAUAUUGGACGAGCUGGCUAUCAGGGAUCACAUCGAGUCGGUGCCAAAGAUAUUCUCGGAGCUGUGGCAUGCCAUGGGUGAUUCGGGCAAGGCGCUGCGCAAUAGCAUUGUCUGGCUCAUAGAAACCAUUAAAACGACCUACAACAAUGUUUUAGAUGCCAUCACUCGCUUUUUCCAUGGCGAAAGUCUAACCUACAUAUCGACGCUCAUGGGAAAGGGCAUAGAGAAGUAUGAUAAGUUCGUCAAGGAGCUGCACAUCAAGUUCAUAAAAUACAUUGAGAAUUUGUGGAAUAAAUUCUGGCGUCUGGCGGAGACCUAUUGGCUGAGUGUACUCAAGCGCCUCGAGCCGCACAUGUUCAAGAUCAUCAGCUUUAUAGAGACCACACUCUGGGAUCUGAGCAAGGAGGUGUUUGACUUCAUAUACAAACGGACCAACGAACUAGCUGAAUCGCCCUAUUUCAAUAAAAUGUCCAGCUUUACUGCCGAUGCGGAACGCCUGUACAGGGAUAUCCAGGCGAAUGAUGCUAUUACGAAUAUUAAAAAGUAUUCGACGCUGGCAUGGAACUUCAUCAAGGAGAAGUAUUUCAAGCUGGUGCCAUUUGGAGCUGAGCUACAUGAGGUACUUACGGAAAUCUGGCAGGAGAUCAAGGAGCUACAAAAGAUCGAACAAGUGCAGGUCGUGGUGCAAAAGUACAACGAAAUUGUAGCCAAGUUGGAAUGGAUAGCCGAUGAGCUGCAGCUGGAGUAUCGCAUCCAUCAACUGUAUGGACUGUUGCGCAACAAGUUCCGAAACUAUGCGCUGAAUGCUCUGGAAACGGCGGACAUGUACAGGGAGGCCAAGACGAAGUUCAUCUUUGAUCCGGAGGUGGGCAUCAUUGAUCUGGAACAGAAGCUGCCCAUGUCCUGGCAUGCAUUCAAUGAAACCCCCAAAUUUGAGGAGAUACCCGAAUAUAAAAUGCUGUCCAAGGUGAACAGCUUCCUCAGCGAAACCAACUCCUCGAUCAUCAUGAAGCUGUACAAUAUGAGAACCCAUCUGGAUCCGAAGACCUGGCUGCCUCCCUACUAUUCACGUGCUUUACUCAUCGAUUCACGUCACUAUAUGACCUUUGACCAGCGUUUUGUGGGCCUCAAUUUGAAUUACGAACAGCUGCAAAAUGGUGGACGCAAUGGACGUUGCAGCUAUCUGUUGGCACACGACUUCUUCAAGCGUAACUUCACGCUGUUGCUUGAGCCAGCGGCCCAGCCCCUGAAUGGCCGCGAAGCAGGAGAUUUGCCUACGCGCAAGCUGAGCUUCAUUGCAAAUGGAGAGCUUAUUGAAAUAGAUCUUGGCACUGAUCACAUUAGCAUCAAUGGCAAUCCCCAGCCCAUAUUACCUCUGAAGCUGGGCGCUGUUAACAUUUAUCGUGAGUUAGAUAUUCUGUCCAUCAUCUCGGAUACACAGUUCAGUCUGCACUGCAAUGUUCAGUUUGAUCUCUGCUGGUUUGAGGUGAGCGGCUGGUACUUUGCCAAGACAGCUGGAUUGCUGGGCACGCUCAAUAAUGAACCCUACGAUGAGUACACAAUGUCCAAUGGCUUGAUAACGGCACAAACACAACAGUUCACCGAUUCCUGGAGUCUGCAGCGUUGCCAGCAGACACAGUUUGUCAAACCGUUGCCCAGAAGUCCAGAAGUGUUGCAGAUAUGCAACAGGUUCUUCCGUUCGGGCAUUUUGUCUGCUUGCAGUGCUGUCGUCGAUUCGGCGCCUUUCUACGAGAUGUGCCUGGAUCUGGGCAUGAAAUCACAGCCCAUACGCCCGGGUCAUCCAGCUAUAAAGGGUGCCUGUGCUGCUGCGCUAGCCUACAUCGAGACUUGUACCACGUUCAAGGUGCCCAUGCGUGUGCCGGAUCAGUGUGUGUUCUGCCAGCUGGCAAAUGGUUCGUAUGUGCCGGAGGGCAAGUUUAUAGAGCUCAGUGGUGCGGAUAUACCGCGCAGCAGCGAUGUGGUAUUCAUAGUGGAGGCUAAGUCUUGUAAUCAGAACCUCAAGGAGACCAAGAGCAUUAUGAGUGUCGUGGCCAGCAUUGAGGAGCAACUGCAGGCUGCUAAGAUAACCAACAAUCGCUAUGCGGUUGUGGCCUUUGGUGGCGUUGAGCCUUACGAUAAGCCGCGCAGCAUUAUCUACGAGCGUAAUGUGUUUACAUCCAAGCCCGAUCAACUGGCGGAAUACUUUGCGCAUAUCAACACAGGAAAUGGCACCAGCAAGGAUAUCCUGCUUGCCAUUUCAACGGCAUCGCGUCUGAACUUCCGGCCAGGUGUAUCGAAGACCUUCAUUUUGCUCUCGUGCAGCAGCUGCUCGCCGAAGGACAUGCGCUUCGAUUACACCUCCAUAUUGCAGUUCAUGCUGGAGGAGAGCGUUAAUUUGCAUAUUUUGGCGGACACCGAGUUUGAUUUUGAGCGCACCAAGAAACUGCGUCACUUCUUUGGCUUGGACAAAAAGCUGGUCUACUCGAAACGUUUCCCCGAGGGCGAUGAGGAGACGCGCAGCCAGGUGCACAUACCCAAGAGCAACUUAGGCAUUUGCACAUCACUUGCGCUGGAGACAAACGGAUCGGUAUUUAGUGCACGCAAAUUGGCGCCGGAGCGCAAGUAUCCGAUUAUGCGAUUUGCCACUAUUUUUGCCAAGCGUGUUGCACAGAGUGCCAAGCCCAUUGAUGCACAAACCUGUGAGUGCUCCGGCCACAAUUCGGGCGUGGCGUAUGUAGCCUGUUCGCCACAGGAGUUGCCUGAGGAUAAGGGCAAUCUGGAUGAUUACGACGUUUUCGACGACUGGGAGUGGGAAGACGAGAUAGAUAAAGAGACAUAAGCGAACACAUUUAAUUAAGUUUGUAUUCGAUUAGUUAAUUAGUUAAACGAUGUAAAGUUUUUGUCAAAUAACUAAACAAUAUUUUGUAAAAAUAAAUAACAUAAUGUCGAA